AGGAAAAAGCUCCCCCCUUUUUCUCUGGGCAGUGGUUCGGCCCAAGUUCAGAGCUAGAGGCGUGCUCGGCUCUGCUAAAACUCGAAGGAAGGAAAGAAGGAAAGAAGAGCAAGAUGUGGCUGCCUGUCCUGCGGAGGAGUCUCCCCAAAGUGGGGCUGCGAUGGCAACACCGCCCCGCCGCCCUCGAGGUGGCCAACGAGCCCAUUUUGGCCUUUGCGCGUGGAAGCCCCGAGAGAGACGCCCUGCAGAAGGCCUUGGCGGACCUCAAAGGCCGAACGGAAGCCAUCCCGUGUGUGGUCGGGGGUGAGGAGGUCUGGACCCAGGACAUUCGCUAUCAAGUAUCGCCCUUCAACCAUGCGCACAAAGUGGCCAAGUACUGCUACGCGGAUCAGGCGCUGCUGGACAGGGCCAUCGAAGCCGCUGUGGCCGCCCGGCGGGAGUGGGACCUGCGCCCCGUUCAGGACCGCGCACAGGUCUUCCUCAAGGCCGCCGACCUCCUGAGCGGACCCCGGAGGGCCGAACUCCUGGCCAAGACCAUGGUCGGGCAGGGGAAGACGGUCAUCCAGGCGGAGAUCGACGCGGCGGCCGAGCUGAUCGACUUCUUCCGCUUCAACGCCAAGUACGCCCUGGAGCUGGAAGGGGAGCAGCCGCUCAGCGUGGCCCCCAGCACCAACCGCAUGGUCUACCGGGGCCUGGAGGGCUUCGUGGCGGCCGUGUCUCCCUUCAACUUCACCGCCAUCGGGGGGAACCUGGCGGGGGCCCCCGCUUUGAUGGGGAACGUGGUGCUGUGGAAGCCCAGUGACGGGGCGCUCCUGUCCAGUGCGGCCGUGUACAGGGUGCUUCUGGAGGCGGGACUUCCUCCCAACGUGAUCCAGUUCGUCCCGUCCGAAGGUCCCGUCUUUGGCGACACCGUCACGGCCUCGGAGCACCUCUGCGGCAUCAACUUCACCGGAAGCGUCCCGACCUUCAAGCGCCUUUGGAAGCAGGUGUCUGAAAACCUCGACCGGUACCGGACUUUUCCCCGCCUGGCUGGAGAGUGUGGCGGGAAGAACUUCCACUUUGUGCACGCGUCGGCGGACGUGGCGAGCGUGGUGAGCGGCACGCUGCGCUCGGCCUUUGAGUUUGGGGGGCAGAAGUGCUCGGCCUGCUCCCGCCUCUACGCCCCGGAGUCCCUCUGGCCGAGCAUCAAGGCCGGCCUCCUGGAAGAACACCCCAAGAUCAGAGUGGGAGACCCAACGGAAGACUUUGGGACCUUCUUCUCGGCUGUCAUCGAUCACAAGGCUUUCGAGCGCAUCCGGAAGUGGGUGCAGCACGCCAAGGGGUCGCCCCACAUCUCCAUCCUGGCGGGCGGUGAAUGCGACGACCAAGUGGGCUUCUUCGUCCAGCCCUGCAUCCUGGAGACCAAGGACCCCUUGGACCCCAUCAUGCAGGAGGAAAUCUUUGGCCCGGUGCUGUCAAUCUACGUCUAUCCGGACAAGCAAUACAAGGAGGUUCUGCGGCUGGUGGACCGCACUUCCCCGUACGGCCUCACGGGGGCGGUGUUUGCCCAAGAUAAAGACGUUGUCGCCGAAGCCGCGACGAUCCUGAGGAACGCGGCCGGGAAUUUCUACAUCAACGACAAGUCGACGGGAUCCGUCGUGGCCCAGCAGCCCUUUGGUGGAUCUCGCGCUUCAGGGACCAACGACAAGCCGGGCAGCCGGAACUACAUCCUGCGCUGGACGUCUCCGCAGGCCGUUAAGGAGACCCACGGUCCUUUGGGGGACUGGAGAUAUCCCUACAUGACGCAAUGACGGAUUGAUGCAGAUCCCGGAUCAAUCACGGAGAUCAAUAGACUGCCAAUCCCACUAUUUUGAAUCUCCCCAAAAGGAGGGGAGGCUCCGGGUUAGGAACUUUGUUUUGCCUUAUCUCAGAGAGAAAGCAGCUCAAGAAGCUCCGACCCUUAACAUGCUGCCUAUAAUAAAUCUCAGCACUGAUUGAUUGAUUGACAGAUAGUUAUCGAUGAUGAGUGAGAGAGAGAAAGAGAUAUUAGGGAGAGAAAGAUAGAUAUAUUAGAUAGCAAGAUAGAUGGAUAGAUAGUAGAUAAGAGAAAGAGAGAGAGACAUCAUAGAUCGAUCAAGAUAUAUAUUUGAUAGAUAGAUUAUAUUAAUUAAUUAAUAAUUAAUGUACAUUAAUGUUAGAUCCAUGGACAAUACACGAACAAUUAUUAAUUAAUUAAUAAUAUUAAUGUACAUUUAUAUAUAUAUUAUAAUAUAUUAUUAAUAUACAUUAAUAUUAAUAUAUUAUAUGUACAUUAUAUUUUAUAUGUACAUUAUAUAUGUACAUUAUAUAUUUUAAAUAUAUAUAUAUAAUAUGUACAUUAUAUAUACAAUAAUAUAUUAUAUGUACAUUAUAUUAUAUAUAUAUUAUAUGUACAUUAUAUAUACAAUAAUAUAUGUACAUUAUAUAUUAUAUAUAUAUUAUAUGUACUUUAUAUAUUAUAUAUAUAUAAUAUGUACAUUAUAUAUACAAUAAUAUAUUAUAUGUACAUUAUAUAUUAUAUAUAUAUUAUAUGUACAUUAUAUAUAUAUAUUAUAUGUACAUUAUAUAUACAAUAAUAUAUUAUAUGUACAUUAUAUAUUAUAUAUAUAUUAUAUGUACAUUAUUAAUGUACAUUAAUAUUAGAUAGAUCAAUGGACAAUAUACUAACAAUUAUUAAUUAAUUAAUAUUAAUGUAUGUAUAUAUUAUAAUAUAUUAUUAAUAUACACUAACAAUUAUUAAUAAAUAAAUAAUAUUAAUGUACAUUUAUAUAUAUUAUAUUAUUAAUAUACAUUAUUAAUAAUUAAUAAUAAUGUAUAUUAAUAUUAGAUAGAUCAAUGGACAACACCCUAACAAUUAUUAAUUAAUAUUAAUGUACAUUAAUAUAUAUAUAUUAUAUUAUUAAUAUACAUUAUUAAUAAAUAAAUAAUGUAUAUUAAUAUUAGAUAGAUCAAUGGACAACACCCUAACAAUUAUUAAUUAAUAUUAAUGUACAUUAAUAUAUAUAUAAUAUAUUAUUAAUAUACAUUAUUAAUUAAUGUACAUUAAUAUUAGGUAGAUCAAUGGACAACACACUAACAAUUAUUAAUUAAUUUAUAACAUUAAUGUACAUUAUAUUAAUUAUAUACAUUAUUAAUUAUUAAUUAAUUAAUAAUUAAUGUACAUUAAUAUUAGAUAGAUCAAUGGACAAGAGAAAGAUAUAUACAGUAGAGUCUCACUUAUCCAACAUAAAUGGGCCCCCAGAAGCGAAAAUGUUGGGUAAUCAGGAGGGAUUAAGCAAAUGCCUAUUAAAGGUCAAAAUCAACAGAAAAGGCAGUUCAAUAGACAGUAACAUUAUGUAGCAAUCACUGUAUUUACGAAUUUAGCACCAAAACAUUGCGAUGUAUUGAAAAGAUUGACUACAAAAACAUUAAAUACUAAAAGGCUGACUGCAUUGGAUAAUCCAGAAUGUUGGAUAAGUGAGACUAUAUAUCUUUCCUGUCUAUCUAAUAUAAAUCUCAUCAUAGAUCUAUCUAAUAUUGAUCUAUCAAAUAUCAAUAUUUCCAUCUAUCUAAUAUUGAUCUAUCAAAUAUCAAUCUUUCCAUCUGUCUAAUAUUGAUCAAAUAUCAAUCUUUCCAUUUAUCUAAUAUUAAUCUAUCAAAUAUUGAUCUCUUUCUCUCAUCUGUCUGUAGAUAGAUAGAUAAAUAAAUCCAGCCGAUUUAACUCUGAAAUUGCGAAUCCAUGUGAAGCGAGAAAUAAUUAUUUUUGUUCGUUGCGAUGCAGAAAUGUUUGGAAAGCGAGCGAAUGGGAUAUUUUAAACAUUGCUUGGAUGACUCCGUUGUUCUCGAUGGUCUCCGUUUGAUUCUAUUAAAAGAGGUAUUUUUUUGCCCGUUUCAAA